GCUUGGGGUCCUCGGGGUAUAUAGCCACCGCCAGGGACCUGCUUUUCGUGGUCUCUCUGACGCCUGAGCCUUUGAACAUCCCUGAUUUCUCGGUUCAGUGUACUCAUAAGCCAUGGCUUCCCGGCUGCAGCUCACGCGGAGCCGUUUGCUUCGUACGCCAGCUCUGUCUCCCAACCGCAUCAUCCACCCUUCCCAAAGAUUACGUCUUCUCCCUCAGACGCGACCGCUCCCUGCCCUCACCAGUAACGCCGUAUUCUCCCCAUCCAUCGUCACAACGCGCAGCUAUGCCAAUGGACGGCCUCACCCGCCCGGAGGUACCCAUCGGAUGAACCUGGGCGGCGAGCCGGAAAAGGCGGCGCUCGAACAGUACGGUGUUGACCUGACUGCCAGAGCGAAGGCCGGAAAGUUGGAUCCAGUCAUCGGAAGAGACUCUGAAAUCCACCGGACCAUUCAGAUCCUGUCGAGACGGACCAAAAACAAUCCCGUCCUCAUUGGUGCGGCCGGUACUGGCAAAACAGCCGUCCUCGAGGGUCUAGCUCAGAGAAUUGUGCAAGGGGAUGUGCCCGAAAGCAUCAAGGACAAGCGCGUGGUCGCCUUGGACCUGGGCUCGCUCAUAGCUGGGGCUAAGUUCAGAGGAGACUUCGAAGAACGACUCAAGGCGGUUCUUAAGGAGGUCGAGGACGCACAAGGCGGUGUGAUCCUUUUCAUCGACGAGCUCCAUACCUUGCUUGGUCUCGGAAAAGCGGAAGGCAGCAUUGACGCUAGCAACCUUUUAAAACCCGCGCUCUCCAGAGGCGAGCUGCAGUGCUGCGGCGCCACCACCCUGAACGAAUAUAGAUUGAUCGAAAAAGAUGUCGCGUUGGCCCGGCGAUUCCAACCCAUUCAGGUCGGAGAACCUUCGGUCGCCGCGACAAUCUCCAUCCUGCGUGGUAUUAAAAACAAGUACGAGGUCCACCACGGUGUGAGAAUUUUGGACGGCGCCUUGGUUGCCGCAGCAACUUAUAGCAACCGCUACAUCACGGACCGUUUUCUUCCCGACAAAGCCAUCGAUCUAGUGGACGAGGCGGCCUCGGCCCUGCGGUUGCAGCAGGAGUCUAAGCCCGAUGUGAUCAGAGAAUUGGAUCGCGAUAUCACUACCAUUCAGAUUGAGCUCGAAUCUCUCCGCAAGGAAACGGAUGUCAGUAGCCGAGAGAGACGGGAGAAACUGGAGGAGGACCUCAAGGUUAAAAAGGAGGAAUCUCAGAGAUUAACCGAGAUAUGGGACAACGAGAAGGCGGAGAUUGAAUCGCUGAAGCGCACCAAGGAGGAAUUGGAACAGGCUCGCUUUGAGCUUGAGCAGGCCCAGCGAGAAGGAAACUUCGCCAGAGCCGGAGAGCUGAGAUACGCUACGAUCCCGACUCUGGAAGCCAAAUUGCCAAAGGAGGGCGAGGAAAAAUCGGGUUCUCAGUCGUCUCUGAUCCAUGACUCUGUCACUGCCGAUGAUAUUGGAAAUGUUGUUUCCCGCACGACCGGCAUCCCCGUCAACAAGCUCAUGGCCGGAGAUGUUGAGAAACUGAUCCACAUGGAAGACACGCUGCGGAAAUCUGUGCGUGGGCAAGACGAGGCACUCACUGCGGUCGCCAAUGCCGUGCGGAUGCAAAGAGCAGGUCUGAGUGGGGAGAACCGGCCUCUCGCAUCGUUCAUGUUCCUUGGUCCCACUGGUGUUGGAAAGACGGAGCUCUGCAAGAAAAUGGCCGAAUUCUUGUUCUCCACGGAGCAGGCCGUGGUGCGAUUCGACAUGAGUGAAUUUCAAGAAAAACACACUAUUAGUCGCUUGAUUGGUUCUCCUGCGGGAUAUGUCGGCUACGACGAUGCAGGUCAACUCACCGAAGCUGUACGACGGAAGCCAUAUGCCGUGUUGUUGUUUGACGAAUUCGAAAAGGCCCAUCGCGAUAUCUCCGCUCUGCUACUACAGGUCUUGGAUGAAGGCUUCCUCACUGACUCGCAGGGUCACAAGGUUGACUUCAGGAACACUCUUAUUGUGUUGACUUCCAACCUUGGUGCCGAUAUUCUCGUGGGUGCCGAUCCACUGCAUUCUCACAAGGACUUGGGGGGUGAAGAACUCUCCCCUGAAAUCAGGAAGGCUGUCAUGGAUGUGGUUCAAGCUUCGUAUCCACCCGAGUUCUUGAACCGAAUGGACGAGUUUAUCGUCUUUAAACGACUGUCUAAAGAAGCUCUGAGGGAUAUUGUCGAUAUUAGAAUCAAAGAGCUCCAAUCGAGACUCGAUGACCGACGCAUGGUGCUGCAAGUCGAUGACGAGAUCAAGACCUGGCUGUGCGAUAAGGGCUAUGAUCCCAAGUACGGUGCUCGUCCUCUCAACCGCUUGAUCUCUAAAGAAAUUGGCAACCGACUGGCCGACAGGAUCAUCCGCGGUGAGAUCACCUCCGGACAGACUGCUCGUGUCUCGUUCAAUGCCGACAAGACGGCGCUUGCGAUCACGCCGGAACCGGCGAAUGCAGAAGAUAUCCCAGAACCCCCAGAAGCUGCAGAGGCUGAAAAGCCGUAAUUUCUCGGAGUCAAGCCAGUUUGUUUAUGAGAUUGCAUGGUUUGUUUGGUCUUGUUGGUUAUUGGAUGGACUGGCUUCAAAUGAAUCCUCGCUCUACGUGUCCAUGUGUAUUAUAGCAUCUCCCCUAUUGUAUAAUAUGUGAAUUAAUUGUACAUGAUUUAUGAA